AUGGUUGACGUGGUUGCAGUCAGUGUGAGCAUAGCUGUGUGGUACCUCACUUCGUUCGGUACUUUGCUGCUGAACAAGUACCUCAUGGGCUACCUCUACGUUCAGCCCAACACCUUGGCGGCGGUGCAAAUGGUCUCGACCGCCAUCUACGGCGCGCUAAAGACGCUGAAGCUGGGAGACCUGACGCGGCUGGCACGAGAGGCUCGAAGUCUCCUCGUGGCCCAAAAGAAUGGAGUCCGGAAGGCUGUCACGGACCCAGAAUCGCCAGACACCUCGGACCACCUCGAUGGCCUGGGUAACAAGGGGAGGCGGUGGCGAAGAAGCCUCAUACAGAUGGGCUUCGUCGGCAUGAUGCGGUUUUCAACGGUGGUGCUUGGCUUGGUCAGUCUCAAGUACGUUGCAGCUUCGUUUACUGAGACCAUCAAGGCAUCCGCCCCGUUCUUCACCGUCAUUGUCGCCUACCUGAUGCUAGGCGAGAGAACGGGCUUGUCAGUUAUGGCAUCCCUUAUACCGGUUGCAGGAGGACUAGUGCUGGUCUCCUCCACAGAGCUUUCCUUCAAUAUAGUUGGGUUUGGAGCUGCUGUGCUGACCAACAUCAUUGAAUGUGUGCAGAACGUCUUCAGCAAAAGGCUGUUGGCCAGUGAGUACACAGCUUCCCAGUUGCAGUUCUACACCUCACUGACUGCCUUGGUGAUGCAGGCGCCCAUUUUCCUUGUCACGCACGAGCCGGGUGCAUCCCACUCCCACCACCAUGAGAUUGCCCACGUCGGCUUGAACGGCAACAGGACUCUGGGUGCGGUCACUGCCUCGCGGGAGGAAGUCAUCGAGGGGAGUUGGACGGAUUCCUUGCCGGACAGGAACUUGCUCUUCCUCCUGUGGAUAGACGGCGUGCUGUAUCAUGUGCAGUCAGUCAUUGCCUAUGUCGUAAUGUCGUACCUGUCUCCAGUCACCGUUUCGGUUGUAAACACGCUGAAGCGUGCACUGAUCAUCUGCAUCAGCGUGCAGGUCUUCGGAAACCAAGUGACUCCGCUGACACAGCUUGGAACCUUCAUUUGCCUCUGCGGCGUGCUUUGCUACAACUGGGCAAAGCAACAAGGGGCCAAGUCGUGA